AGAUUCCGACAAAACCCGGAUGAAGAAUAUUUCCCACAAUCCCCCGUCCCCUCGGUCUCUUUUCCUGUUGUCGCCAUGUCGAAGAGAGGACGUGGGGGUUCAUCCGGAGCGAAGUUCCGAAUCUCGCUGGGUCUUCCAGUGGGUGCAGUUAUUAACUGUGCCGACAACACUGGUGCCAAGAACCUGUAUAUCAUAUCAGUGAAAGGCAUUAAAGGGCGUCUGAACCGUCUGCCUGCUGCUGGUGUGGGUGACAUGGUGAUGGCAACUGUCAAAAAAGGCAAGCCUGAGCUUAGGAAGAAGGUGCAUCCUGCGGUCGUGAUCAGGCAGCGGAAGUCCUAUCGGCGAAAAGAUGGAGUCUUUCUCUACUUUGAAGACAAUGCAGGCGUCAUUGUAAAUAAUAAAGGUGAAAUGAAAGGUUCUGCCAUUACGGGCCCAGUUGCCAAGGAGUGUGCUGAUCUUUGGCCCAGGAUUGCAUCAAAUGCUGGCAGCAUUGCCUGAGUGACACUUGAUUUUCAAUAAAAAAUGUUGAUGGUGGAGCUAGUGUUGUCACUAUACCAACAUUUUUACUUCCUUCAUAAAGUACCUCGAUGCCGGUACCAAAAUGGUUCCUGGACAAAAAUCUAAAAGUCAGCGAGAUACAAACUUUCACCCAAGCUUUUGUGCAUAAAACUCCUCAUGCUUACCUACAAAUUGAGAUUUGUGGCUCUGUUUCCAUGCAUAGAGGAUGUUACAGAUGUUCCCUGCUUGAAAAACAUUCUUGGUCUGUGACAUGCACUCACUUAACAUAUGUAAUCCUACAAUAAAGUGAUAUCUACAGUUGA